GUUGCAACUUGCAAUGCAAUCACGACCAAAAUGCAAAUACUGUGGUAUCUGAGCUUCAGUCUUCAUCCUAUAAUCAUAUUCAUCAGUCAUCUCCUCCACAUCCCCUAUUUUUUACACUUCAAAAUCAAAUCCCUUAAUUAAAGCAUUCAAUUUGUUUUUCUAUUCGUGAUUUUUGAUUGUAAUUACUAAUUACUUCAACAUGACAAGUCCCGGCGGGCCCAAACAGUAACGGCGGAGCUCCGGCUGACAACACCCCUUAUUUCCGGCAAGUUUCCGUCAGGUCCCGGCGAUUCAAGCGAUGGUGAUAGUCAAUCCAAUGUCCUUUUCCAACAUCAGCUCUUUUCUUCCGAAACUAUGCCCGCCGCCGAGGUCAGUCACCGGGCCACCGCGAACCACGAGGACGAAAGUAUUCGCGGUCCUCUCGGACCCUCACGUUCUCCGGUUGGCGGAGACUCUCGAGGACUCCAUCGCCUCCUCCUCCUCUCCGCCGCCGCCUCUCCAGAAACUCCGGGACAUCUCAUCCCAAUCCCUUCUGUCCACGCCCUGGCCUUCGCGGAAGGACGAGCCGUUUAGAUUCACAGACACCUCGUUUAUUAGGAACUCCGAUGUUCAGCCUAUUUCCCCUUUAUCCACGCAGUCUCUUGCUUCUUUGAGCGGUUUGAUUGAUACCCUUUCCCCUGGUCUCGCUAUUGUCGAUGGUUAUUUGGUGGAUGGUUUGUCACAGCUACCUGAGCUGCCCGAUGGGGUGUUUGUGGGAGCUUUAUCCAGAUUGACUUCAGAGGAUGUGAUGGAGAAGGUGUCCAAAUACGUUUCCAGUUUUCAGGGAGAUUUGUUUUGGUCACUCAAUGGUGUGGGUGCUCAGGAUAUGAUUAUCGUGUACGUGCCUCAGGGCUGUAAGGUUGAGAAACCUCUGCAUCUGAAGUUCUUUUCACUGAAUGGAAGUGAUAAGGAUUCAAAAACCCUGCCAGUUUCGAAUCCGAGGGUUUUGGCUUUGGUGGAGAGAGGCGGGGAGAUUAGUAUAGUGGAGGAGUAUAGUGGUGGAGAUGGGGAUGAUAAGUGUUAUUGGACGAACUCGGUUAUGGAAAUUGUUAUAGGAGAUGCAGGGAAGGUCAGCCAUUCGUAUAUUCAGUCACAGUCUUUCGGUGCUGCACAUGUUAAGUGGACUUCGGUUCGCCAGGAGUCGAAAAGUGUGUAUGAGGUCAGUGAAGUAAGCACUGGUGGAAAGUUGAGCAGGCACAAUCUCCAUGUUCAGCAAGAAGGGUCAGAUACUGUAACAGAGUUAUCUACAUUUCACUUAUCAGUCAACGAUCAAUUACAAGACUUGCAUAGUAAACUUGUCUUGGAUCAUCCACGGGGAGUUUCACGUCAACUUCACAAGUGUAUUGUAGCACAUUCUCAAGGCCAAGCUGUUUUUGAUGGCAAUGUUCAAGUCAAUAGAGAAGCUCAGCAAACAGAUGCGGGACAGCUCACGAGGAGCCUUCUUUUGUCACCUAGGGCAACGGUCAACGUUAAACCGAACCUCCAAAUAAUUGCAGAUGAUGUAAAGUGCUCACACGGAGCUGCCAUUAGUGACCUUGAGGAGAAUCAGCUUUUCUACUUGCGAGCACGUGGGAUUGACUUGGAAGCUGCAAGAAGAGCUCUGAUUUUCUCGUUUGCGGCUGAGGUGAUCGAGCAUUUUCCCGACCCUUCUGUUAGGAAGAAAGUCGAGAGUCUUAUAAGGUCGUUGUUCGAUGCCACACUCGCUACAAAGUAAGGUCCGAUUGUUUUUUUUUUUUUUUUUGUUUUUUUUUUUUGGUGGUGAGCAAAGGUUUAAUUGUUAUUUUUCAGAGAAAUGGUUAAUAAUACAUUUGUUGUUUCCAUCCAACUUUAUUCUUACAAAGACUAAUUGUAAUUUACAUUGUUUUGGUUUUGGAAUUGAUAAUACAUUUGUGCACAAGCUGGAAGAUUU